AUGUGGUCAGAAAAAAUCGUUAUUUCGGAUAUUGACGGUACGAUUACUAGGAGCGAUGUUUUGGGACAUGUAAUUCCUGCAAUAGGUGGACAAUGGGCACACGCUGGUGUAGCCGAACUAUACACACGUAUAAAAGACAAUGGGUAUAACAUGGUUUAUUUGUCAUCUCGUGCUAUUGGGCAGAGUCAUUAUACAAAAAAAUACUUACAAAGUAUUGCUCAAGAUUCCAAAGUACUCCCAGAUGGACCAUUACUUCUUUCACCGACUUCAAUUUUGGUGGCAUUUAGGAGGGAAGUAAUAGAUCGAAAGCCUGAAGAAUUCAAGAUUGCAGCGCUAACUGAUUUAAAAAAAUGUUUUCCGCUGAAAGAACCGUUUUAUGCUGGAUUUGGUAAUCGAGAAACAGAUGUCGUUUCAUAUCGUGCAGUUGGUGUUCCUCCAGAAAAAAUCUUGAUAAUCGACAAGUAUGGUCGCGUUCGGCGUGCGGAUAAAAUAGGAUUUGAAGCUUCUUAUAUGUCAAUUGCAGCAGAUUCCGUAGACUACAUGUUUCCUCCACUUUCUCCAAAAACUUCACCAGCUUCCUCAAAAAAUAUAGCCAUGAGCCAAAAAUUUAUUCAUCUCAAAUCAAUGUCAUUUACAAAACCAGAGAAAUUCAGCAACUUUACUUUUUGGCGAGUACAAACUGGUGGAUUUAUACAGCUGGAUGAUAAGGACUUAACGGAGUAUGAGAAUAAACGGAAAAAUUUGGGAGAAAAACGAAAGAAAUCGAAAAAGUAG